AUGGCGAAGGUUGCGACCGACUUUGAGCGAAUCAUCCAAGAAGGGUCCUUGGUGCCACUUGUCGAACUGGUCGCUAAAUGGGGUCUUUUUUGCUCGACUGCAGGACGAGAGAGAAAGAAGAACGAGGCGCUGGCACAGAAGAUAUUCUCCAAGGAUAGACGACAGAGCGCCCCUACCAAGCUCAAGCCUGGCGCAGGCCCGUCGCUUGCGAGCCGAGUCGGCGUGAAGAAGCUACCGCCCCCUCAUCAGCAGCGCACCGCCUCCCUCGGUCCCAAGGCCCUCCCCGCCGGCAACAUCGAUGGCGACUGGACACACGACCUCCACGGAACCGUGAACGGCAGCGGCGGCGGUGGCGGCAGGGGACGUAACAACGGUGGCAAUGCCGGCGCAGGCGGUCUCGCGUCGCGCAUCUCGGCCCCGGGAGGCAGACCCGCGCCCGCUGCAGCCGCGAACAGCAGACGAGGCGACAGACGUGGGGACCAGAGGGCCGCCAAGGUCGCCGCGGCCAUUGAGCGCUCAGGCGGCAUGGCCGACGUGCAGAUGACCUCCGCGCCCAUCAGCGCACCGACCGGUCCCGCCGUGAAGAAGGGUCUCUCGAUCCGAGGAUUGGCAGGUCCGUUUGCAGUCAUGGCGCAGAACUUUGCGCCGGGGACGACGGCAGCAGAUAUCGAGAGCGCGAUGACGCCCGUCGGCGGAGAGAUGCUGAGCUGUCGGAUCAUCAAGACGAGCCCGCUGAUUGUGGCGGAGAUGGUGUUUGCGACCAAGGAGGGUGGAGAUGCGGUCAUUGAUACGUUCAACAACCAGACGGCCGACGGGCGGAUCAUCAAGGUCUACCCCAAGCCCGGCGGCUACAAGGAGUCCGUCGCGGCCAACGGCUCGCGCCCCGCGAACGUCCGGUCGACGUCGAGCCAUGUCGUUGACGGCACGAACGGGUUUCCCGAGCAGAUGGAGGAGGACGACGGCGGCCUGUACAGCGACCGGAUGGUUGGUGGCGGCAACAGCGGCAACCGCAGAGGCCGCGGCUUCAACCGCGGCGGACGCAGAUGA